AUGGUUGAUUUUUUUUUGUUGGGUGCUACCGAACUAGCAAGAAGAUGGGACGGAUGUGUCCCACAAUCCACAAGCAAUCAUUAUGAUACGAACGCGGACAAUUUAUUAAAUCACAUAAAAGAAGACAAGUUUUGUCUUGGAAGAUUUAUGAAGGAUGCUUGGGAUCAUAUUAUUAAAAAAUUUGAAACCACAAUGGAUGUCUAUGUGAUGGACCUUGGACUUAGACCGCUACAGCGAAUGAUGUUGAUUGAUACAAUUCUAUUACCAAUAGACAGCAUUACAAAUGAUAUUAUCACAUUUUGUGAUAAACUAUUGAAAAUUAAUUGGUUGAUCCGAAAAAACAUAAGAAUAAUCAAGAAAAUUGAUAAAAUUCUGGAUGUUAAAAACCAAGUCGCAGUAGAAACAUUGUCGUAUUCAGCACUAAAAUUUACUUCAUUUAAAUCACCACCAGAUAAUAAUAAUUAUUAUUAUUUGUAUCAAUAA